GCCAGCGCAAGGCUCCGCCCCUCGCCUGUGAUUGGUCGCCUGGAGCUGGGCUGAUGUGUGAAAGAGUGCUUUGCCAAGUGUGGUGCAGCAGGGAGUAGUCACGUUAGUAGAGUUUGAGCGAAAAGAUACUAAGUUGUACUGCCAUCAUGAGCCAAGCAGAGUUUGAUAAAGCUGCAGAAGAAGUUAAGAAGCUGAAGACCCAACCAGCAGAUGAAGAAAUGUUGUUUAUCUACAGUCAUUUCAAGCAGGCAACUGUUGGAGAUGUAAAUACAGAACGUCCUGGAAUGCUUGACUUUAAGGGCAAAGCCAAGUGGGAUGCCUGGAAUGGGUUAAAAGGGAUGUCCAAAGAAGAUGCAAUGAAAGCAUACAUAGCAAAAGUAAAAGAACUACAAGAAAAAUACGGAAUGCAAUAAGAUCCAGCCUUGCAUGUCUUAGUGCAGUGGUUCUCAACCUGGGAUCCCCAGAUGUGUUUGGACUUCAACUCCCAGAAAUCAUAACAGCUGGUAAACUGGCUGGGAUUUCUGGGAGUUGUAGGCCAAAACACCUGGGGAACCACAGGUUGAGAACCACUGCCUUCGUGGAAAUAUGCCUGCCUUACUAAUACUGUGGAUAAUGAUAUUGAGCAUUACUCAGUGCUGCAGUGCCAAGAAUGGGUGCCAUGUAGCAACUGAUAGCUGUGUAAUUCUACUUCUAAUGGUUUAUAGAAUAAAACUGUUAAAUUCCUAACCUUGA